AUGUUCAAUCAUUCUGGGGACAAACCACCCCGCGGUUUUCCCUCUGGAUCAGACUAUGGAGGCAGUCACCAUGGUCGCCUUGCCCUCAACACAUCCGGUCAACCAUAUUCCAGGUUUGGUGUUCCGCUCAAUUUUGGCGGUCCGUCGACAUGUCCGCCACCGCAACAAGAGCCCGUCCGGAGGGACUUCGACUCAUCGAUGGACUGGACCUCACCAAGCGCGCAGCAGCACGCGCGCUUCGACAUCGGGACUUCGAUGAACAACGUGCCGCAGCAAGACGAGGGGAUGGAACUCGAUGAAUUUAGUUCUCCCGCUGGAGUGUCCAACCUGAUUGCGCGCUUUGAGGGGAUUCGCGCCGCACCGCCAAGCAGUAGUAGGGUCAUGAGUCCAGCCAGUUCAAUGGCAAGCCCAUCAAUUGCGAGCCCGUCGUCAGCACAUUUUAGCAACAUGCACGGCAGCACGGCAAACAUGAGUUCUUCAGGAAUGAGUAGAAUCACAAGUCCGGUCGCUCACAGCCCAGCCACGCCCAAUUUCUUCCGAGCUCCGGAAUCACAUCGUCCUCCAGUGCCCAGGCAUACGAAGCCAGUGUUGGAUCGCGCACCCUCUAAUAUUCCAUUGUUCACCCCGGAUGCAAGAUUUGGUGAUGGAAACAGUCGUAUCACUACAGCUGCCGGUCCCUCAAACCCCGCGCCUCCUCCUCAAGUCCAUCAUCAUCAGGCUCAGCAGUAUCAACACCAACAGCCACAACAGCAACAACAGCAACAACCUGCUGACUUUAGUCAACUGGAUCCCUUUAUCAACUCAUCGAACAAGGGGUUUACGUCUCAGUCAAAUGCCUUCAACUUGCCGAUGAAUGAUUUCAACAAUACAACAACCAAGCACUUCGCAACCCAAGCAACCCAAGCAAGCAAUUUCAGCAACUUCAGUCCCCAAACAAACACAUUCAGCGCAGCGUCCAAAUCCUUCGCUUCUCAAUCCAAUGCUUUCAGUCAGUCAGCAACGACUUUCAGUCCUACUCACACCUUUAGCUCCCCUGCAAACGCCUUCAGCUCUCUACCAACCACGAACACCUUCAGUCCACCUCCGAAUACCAACGCCUUCAGCCCGCCACCUGCUGCCUUUAGUCCUGCUCCCACACCCUUUAGCCCAGCAACGUCGACGUUCAGCCCAGCGCCGACGCCGGCACCGAGCCUCAUCCCCGGUACUCCGAGUGGGAUGCAAACACCUUUCGGCCCUCCGCCUCCCACAUCAUUCCCGGGUCACGCCCGAGCACCCAGUAUUGCCCCCACGCCAAAACCCGUGACGGGUAGUCGGCCAUCACGGGAGCAGGUUCCUGCUGAGGCAUGGGAGUCUUUCAAGACGACCAUCAAACAUCUGUAUCUGGAAGAGCGUCGUCCUCUAAAGGAGGUCAUGCAGAUCAUGGCGGACCAGUAUGGCUUCCAAGCAACGCCGAAAAUGUACAAAACUAGAUUCUCUCAAUGGGGCUUUGUGAAGAACAACACCGAGGACGAAGUGAAGAGGCUACUUUCUAUGAAGUUCCAACGCGACGCCGAGGGCAAAGUAUCCGAAUUCGUACGCAACGGCAGGGUGGUCAACCUGGGCACGUAUCUCAAGAGGAAAGGAGUGACGGAGUACGAUCUUGUCGACUUUGAAACGCCAGCUCAGCUCCCGUCAUAUGUGCGAUGUCGUACACCGACACCGCCGCCCGCUCCGGGCUAUCUGCGAUCACCAGACCUGCUCCGAGCGCAGGAGACGAUUGUUGGGAAUAUGCGGAAAGCAUUUUUGCAUUGCCGCCAGUUCGAGGUCGAAAUUGACAAGCAGGUCGGGUGGACAUCGAUCAUGCUAUGGGGCGCUGGGUCGAGUGACAUGUUUGCUGACGCGAACAAGAAAUUCGAAAUGGGCGAACACGAUGCAGGCGGUCAUCAACUAAUGAAGGCUUUUAAACGACUAGAGAUGGAUCUCAAACAGCUAUCGCCACAAGGCAUCAAGGAACUUCUUCUGGGAAUGGUGCAUCGCGAUGCGGGCAUGAUGACUGCCCUUUGCAAAUAUCUGGCAGCAUAUUCUUCGACGAACUUUGAACGCUCGCAUCCUCUACGACAGACGUUUUCUACCCUGUACGAAGUGCAACAGAAACACGGGCCGAUCACGCUAUCGGAGCUUGUCUGGGGCUGCAUUCCCACCAUCGCCGAAGAACUCGAAGCCAUCUACGGACGGCGUCACCCUUAUGUAGCCAGGACGUGGAUCGACCUGGCCAUCUUUUAUAAUCACGCCAAUCCCGAGAGGCUUGAGAAACUUCUCUCGGAACUUCAGCCGCUACGGAGGCAAAUCGCAGGCCGCCACGGGCAGGCCAGUGGGGAGGCUCUGGCCCUGCGAUACGCUGUUGUUCAGCUGAUGCAGGCAGCCUGGCCUAAUGCCGACAACACGAGGCUGGAAGCCCUGGAACUGUGGACGGCGAUCAAGGAGGGCGGCCUCGUCUUUCCAGUGCGGGGCGCCGAACACAAUACCUUUUGUUACCACAGCCCCCUCAAGAUCGAUCCGUGGGAAAGACGAUGCAGGGAGCGGUACGACAUCGGGACUCAAUUCUUCCAGCAACACUGCGGCAUCAAGGUGCUGCCUUACUUCGAGGAAGAUAUGCACUACACCGAGCAUGCCCCCGACUCGCAUUCGGCCCUAGCAGCAGCCUUGGGGCACAUGCCUGCUUCCAAGUUUUCGCUCAUUUAA